GCGUGCCUCCACAAGACAGUUGAGCGGUAUCGGCUUGUCGCGGUUGCCGCCUUUUUUGUGUUUGAAUUUUUUUUUAUUUCCUUGAAAAUGUCGCAGCAAGGUCCCGCAUUCGAUGUCAAUGCUAUGACUUUAACCCGCUGGGUUCUACAACAACAAAGAACAGCGCCAGGUGCCACAGGAGAUUUAACACAACUUCUAAAUUCUAUACAAACAGCAGUCAAGGCUAUACAAUCAGCUGUGAGGAAGGCCGGCAUCGCUAAACUCCAUGGAAUUUCCGGUGACACAAACGUGCAGGGCGAGGAAGUAAAGAAACUAGAUGUCUUAUCCAACGAUCUUUUUAUAAACAUGUUAAAAUCCUCCUACACGACCUGCCUCCUCGUAUCGGAAGAAAAUCAAACUGUUCUAGAAGUAGAAACUGAGAGACGCGGGAAAUACGUAGUUUGUUUCGACCCCCUCGAUGGUUCAUCUAAUAUUGACUGCCUCGUCUCCGUCGGUUCAAUCUUCGCCAUUUACAAAAAGUCUUCCCCCGGGGAGCCCUGCGAAGCGGACGCAUUACGUCCCGGGAGGGAUCUAGUCGCUGCUGGUUACGCACUUUAUGGCUCAGCAACCAUGAUGGUGCUGGCUUUGGGCAAAGGGAAGGGGGUCAAUGGGUUCAUGUAUGACCCCUCCAUCGGAGAGUUUAUCCUCACAGACCCGAAUAUGAGGAUACCGGAGAAAGGGAAGAUUUAUUCUAUUAAUGAGGGCUACGCGGCAGAAUGGUCUGACGGUCUCAAGAAAUACAUAGAAGAGAAGAAAUGUCCAUCCAAAGGCAAAGCAUAUGGCGCCAGAUACGUCGGCUCUAUGGUCGCUGAUGUUCAUAGAACUAUUAAAUAUGGCGGCGUGUUCAUGUACCCGGCUACUAAAUCUGCGCCGAAUGGAAAGCUCCGCCUUCUCUACGAGUGCAACCCGAUGUCUUACAUAGUAACAGAAGCAGGUGGUCUAGCAACCAACGGCUCUAUCCCAAUACUAGAUGUUCAACCAACCUCCAUACACCAGAGGGCGCCUUGCUAUCUCGGCUCGAAACAGGAUGUCGAAGAAUUGAUGUCUUUUUUGAAAUAAUUUUAAUAAAUUUUUGUUAAUGUUG